GUCAAAUAUGAGUUGCUUCGUUCCUCGUCCAUCUUCAAAAGCUGAAAAAUAAACUAUUUAUUUACCAUCUUCCCUUACAACUACCAAACAAAACAAGUCUGUGAUUAGUUUAUUAAAAGACAAUCAAGAAGUAACAAUUGUAACAAUAUUCAAGAACUUCACAACUUACAAUAUAAACAUAAGGCUUGUGGUCUCAAGAAGUUGCGCUCUGUUAUACUUGUUCAUUUAUCGCCUGCAAGAGCAUCAGAAAGUAAUCAAUGGCCAAGCUUAUCUCCUUUCAUGAUGUGGCUAAACACAAGUGCAAGAAUGAUUGUUGGAUUCUCAUCCAUGGAAAGGUCUAUGACGUCAGCAGUUUCAUAGACGAACAUCCCGGCGGUGACAAUGUUCUCCUCGCCGUCACCGGAAAGGACGCGUCGACUGAUUUUGACGAUGUGAAUCAUAGCAAUGAAGCGAAAGACACGAUGAAGAAGUAUUAUAUCGGUAAUGUUGACAAGUCAACUGUUCCAGUGACGGCGAAGUAUAUUCCACCGUUGGAGAAGGAAUCUACUGCGAAAACCACAAAAGAAGAAUCUGGAAACAAGAUACUUGUGUACUUAGUUCCUAUCUUGAUUCUUGGCCUUGCUUUCUUUCUCAGAUUCUACAACAACAACAAGCAGACAACUUAAAAGAAAAAAACAAUGAGAGAAAGAUCCAUCACAAUUUCAAAAAUCACAAGUUUUUCAUAACGCUGUAAUAUUUUUUUGGUAAAAAAUAACGUUAUAAUAUUAUCUAGGUUUUGUGUGUUUGUAAUAAGAGACAAUUGGCUCAAUAUACCAAAUCUACUCAAAAAUUAAGAAACUACCCCA